CUUUGGGAUUGCAGACAACUCCCGUCACGGCGUGCGGAGGCUGGCCCUGCGUCUGGACGCCCUCAGCUCGCAGAUCCAGCGCCUGACGAGGGACGGCGAUCCUCCGGGGCUGCACGACCUGCCCCAGGUCCUCCAGCGCUUUAAACGGGACCAUGAAUACCUGGUUCACACAAUGGAGAGAGAGCUGGUCAGGGUGUCCCAGAAGCUGGACCAACUUCUGCAGAGAAGCCCAGCCUCUGUCGCGAAGAGCAGGACUGCCCUGGAAGGUCAGCCUCAAGUCUGUGAAGUGCCCAAUAAUCCCAAGUUUCCCCUGUGUGCAGGAAAAGUGCAGUUCCUGCAAACCAGUUGGCACUCUGACCCCUGCUAUGCCUUCUAUGGCGUCGAUGGCACUGACUGCUCUAUCCUGGCAUACCUGAGCGAGCGAGAGGACUUCUGCCCCACUCUGCCCAGCAGAAGCCUAGCCAUCGUUCCAGACUGGCUCCAGGAAUCCACGAGGGAAAAACGAGAGGCACUCAUACGGACAGACCUGACGCCUCUGUUUGAGGUUAUUGGAAAUAGCAGGGGUCCUGCGGUGAGAUUUAUGCUCUCAAGAAUUAAGAGGCUGUCCAGGAGGUGGGCAAAGGCUGGUGAGAAAAUUCGGCAGAAAAUUGGUCACAGGCCACAGCAGCAGUUAAGGGUGCUGCUCUACCCAGGGGUGCUGGCAGGAGGGGCUGGCCAGCGCUUUGGGGAGAUGGUGGAGAAAGGGGGUCCACUCGGGGAGCUGGUCCAGUGGGCUGACGUGAGCACCGCCCUGUAUGUCCUGGGGCACCACCUGAUCUUCGCCAGCUCCCAGCCACUCUUACGCAGCCUCAUAGGGGCUGCGCCAGGAAAAGGAAGCUGUCCCAUUGAAAGCCCUCUGCCCUUUGACCUGCUCUACACGGAUUACCAUGGGCUGGCCCAGCUCCAGGCGGCCAUGGGGCUCUCGUUUCAUCACUACCGGUGCCGGUACCGGGUUCUGGACUCCUUUGGCACAGAACCUGCCUUCAAUCUGAGGGAAUAUGCUGAUCAGCACAGUUACAGCACAGCCUGGGGGAGCUGGAACCUACAACCACUGCAGUACAUGACCAUGUUCCCGCACACACCUGACAACUCCUUCCUGGGGUUUGUGACCGAGGAGCUGGGAAGAGAUUUGGAGGAACAGGAGCAGACAAGAAGGAAGGCCAACAUAGCAGUCAUCUAUGGCAAACAGGACUACAUGUGGCAAGGGAAGGAGAGCUACCUGGAUGUCCUCAGCCAGGAGCUGGAGGUCCAUGGGACUGUGUACCAGGAGCCCGGGAGCUCUCUUCAUCUCCCCAGCUACAUCAUAAACCACGGGCUGCUGCCGCAGGACCAGCUGCUCAGCCUGCUGAGGAGAGCCAAGCUGUUUGUAGGGUUGGGGUUCCCGUACGAGGGCCCUGCGCCCCUGGAGGCCAUCGCUUCAGGCUGCGUGUUCCUGCAGCCCCGGUUCCAGCCCCCACGCUCCCCCCAGAACAGCGACUUCUACCGAGGGAAGCCCACCACCCGACAGGUACCCUCCCAGCACCCCUAUGCAGAAAAUUUCAUCGGCAAGCCCUACGUGUGGACUGUGGACAUGAGCAACUCCACCGAGGUGCGGCUGGCAGUGAGGAGCAUACUGCACACACAGGUGGAGCCCCUCGUCCCCUAUGAAUUCACCUGUGAAGGAAUGCUGGAGAGGGUUUUUGCCUACAUCUCCCACCAGGAUUUCUGUUCCGAUUCUCACCCUUCCUGGCCGCCGGAAACAGCUCUACUACCUCGCCUGGGAUCUGCCGGAAAAUCCUGCACAGCCGUCUGCCAUGAUGCAUCUCUGGUAUGCGAGCCGGCCUUGUUUCACCUCCUGAACAACGCCACUGCCUUCAGCAGAAUGGGAGCGAAUUGUUCCGGCACGUCGGCAGAGGUGAAUCACCUUUUCCCAGCUUACAACCAGAGGAGGCGCCGCUGCUUCCUGCAGAGAGAGAAGCUCCUCUUCAGCUGCGCGGGGUCGGGGAGCUUGUAUCGCAGACUGUGCCCCUGCCGAAACUACCAGCAGGGACAGGUGGCACUGUGCAAGGGCUGUCUGUAGGAAGGCAUGAAGAUCAAUACCUUUUUUUCAAAAGCACAAGACUCAGUGUCUCAGUAGUUGGGUCAAAAUCUAAGUAUGCCGAAAAAUGUAAAGGGAAAAACGUACUUAACACUUGAUUGGCAUCAACAUGCUUGGAUGAGUCGUCACAUCCCCCCCUCACUUUCAAGGAAUGAGCCCGGGAGGCAGCUGCAGGGGUGGAGCUGGGGGUGGAGGGAGCAGCACUACAAAAGAUGUACACAGAGCUCAGGGCAACCAGCAAGGAUUUAUACAUCGGAGAGUGUGAGACAAUUUGACCUCCUCCCAAGCUUGUUUCGCAACACCAUGACUCAGCCAGCUGUUAGUCCUGUUAACCUGAAAAAAGACUCUUGUUCCUGCUUUCAUUAUUAAUGUUAGUUUUUAAACCGGUACUUGGUUUACAAUGCACAUUACAUGGUACCAACCUCUGAAAUGUUGCCUUUUUUCCCCCAAACAAAUAUAAUAAACCCCUGUGUUUCCUGCCUG